CCCUGUUCUACUCGGAGAGGGCGCCUUUCGAGAAUGUCUUCUACCAGUGUGUGACUAUUCGUGAGAUGGAUGGGUUACCUAGUAGCAUCUAUACAACCUUCGUGCUCUUCAUACAGGUCAUUGCUCCUCUCUUCAUCAUGUUCGCCGCUUACACCGCCAUCUUUGCUAAAAUAAGGAGAGAAAGUUCCAAAGGAUUAAGCAUUAACGAUGCUGAAGACAACCUUUCUCAACAACACAAAGCUCGAUCACGCCUGUUCAUGCGUGCUCAACAACGGACAUUGCGAAUGAUCAUCACCAUCUUUCUCGCGUUUGUCGUGAACUGGACCCCUUACGUACUGGCUGCCAUGAAAUACACGUGGCACCACACUGAUCAUCCCGACACUCAAUCUAUGCGGAUCGUUUACGAGACAGCGUUUCUCUUCGGACUCUCCAACUCCUGCUUCAAUCCUUUAGUCUACGGAUGCUGCAACCUGCACUACUUCGAUAGCUUCUGCGCCUCCUGCUGCGCCGUGUUCAUCGGCCGCCCCGACUCCAGCCUGACAGACCAUAAGACGUCGACGUACACCAUGAGAUGGUCGAUGAAGUCGAGCCCGACGGCCAAGCAAGGAUACGGCCAUCAUCAUCCUCAUCAUAACAACAGUGUGAAUCGACACGGCAACCAUAAUCAGGGAUCUAGUAACAACCAGUGGAUUAAAGGAAGGUUACUCACAGAGGGCGCUGUAUCAAGUACUUCUCAAGUAACAGUUUCCUGAGGAGGAUAAAUGAACUUUAGAUUUUGCUUCAGAUGCCCUUUAUACGUCAUAGUCAACAUAUAAUAAUGCGAAAGACUUAGUAAAGACGAUGGACGUUUGUUUCAGGACAGCAAGAGUUUUUAACGAGAAGAUUCUUCGGGACUCACAAUGCUUGGAAUUGGAGCGUUGAUGGCGCAUGACAUGACCUUGAUGUACGAAGACGCGCAGAUAAAGCAAGAGAACCGUCCGUGGACAGCCCGUCUCUUUCAAACACGAUUCACAGAGGCUGCUGAAGAAAGCACUGGAUGUCGAUCGAAGCACUCAAACUCAGAAAAGGAAUGACACUUUUAAUUGAAACAAAAUCUUCUGAGUUUUAAAUGUCGUGAAUUAUUGUGUCACUAUGUUUUGCAUGUGUGUGGUAUCACUACGACGAGUUGAACAUUCAAUUCAGAAUUAUGUGAAUGUGUAACUAGGUCUCCAGUCUAUAAGUCACAAUAUAACUAACAACACUGAAAACCGGGGCACAGAGAACGAUUGCACCUUUCAACAACAAUCCUGAUAUUAGCAAAUAUUAGAAAUGUUGUAAUCAUCAUUGGCUAAUGUUAAUUAGCGAAUAAUUUCAUACCUUUGUGUUUUGGGACCCUGAUCCGUCAAUGAACUGGCCGGUAGUAAAUAGUUAACAUAGUGCCAAUGAGAUAUGUUGCAGGUAAAACGUCCUCUAGUCACAGGGCAAUCUAAGGACAAUUAAGGUAAACUUUUUUAAAAUGCAUUCAUUCCACAGCCAGUCAGGACGAUAGACUUCGUGCGAUGUCUUCUCGUUCCUAAGCACUUGCUGGUAUCCGGGGAGAGCAAAGAAAAUGUCCGCAAUCGAAUUUGUCUCGAUUAAAUUUGGACGCAGAUAUUGACUUGCUGAUACCUUCUGGAGUUUGUUCUGGUUAUUCUGGCGAUAUCCUCACCAGUCCUGAGCAGUCCUGAGCACUUCUGCGUCGUCUGUGCGAACUGUCCAGAGAUCAUCCGCGAUGUUGUACAGUUCUACUGCUUCUUCUUCUGUUGCCAUGGUUGCUGAUGAUGAUGUUGCUGCUAUUAGACUCUUACUGUCAUUGGCGCGACCACCACGCUCAGAGCCAGGGAACGAUAUUUUGUUCGGGGGCGCUGCUUUAAAAGAAAAAAUAUUGGCAAAAAAAGGUUCACUAAGAAAUGAAGGUGAUUUUGGUUAAAUAUCUACUUUUAUCUACUUCAGCUAACCAACCUGACUUCAAGGGCGUCCUGCCUGAUUGUAUAGCACACGCAGCACCCCCAGAAAAAUAUUUGGGGGUGCUUCACGCACCCCAACCCCCGCCCUCCCCAGUACUCCUGCUUCCCGUUGCAGGGCCAUGAACACCCUUGCUCUAUAGGACUACAUUACAUCUCGGAUUAUUGCUGAACUCUUAUCACCAUCUUUUUUGUUAUUUACUCUGCUGAAACUUACAAAAGUUUCUAAGAGUGAUUACUGUAAUAAAUACAAAAAAGCAUCGGCACUAUUUUCAACAUAUCUUUACGAUAUUCUGACCGCUCCCUGAGCCUUAUUACUUCUCUACUUCUACUUUGAUUAUUGCUACUACUAUUUCUACCUAUACUAUCCCGACAACUGAAAGUAUACUAAUACUACUUUUACUAAUACUACUGCUACUACUACUAUUACUGUUACUAUUUCUACUACAGCUACACUACUUCUACUAGGUCUAGCACUUCAUUUAAUACCAGUACUAUUCUAUCACUAUGUGGGGUACCACUACAAGCAUUACUGAUUUAGCAUCUUUAUUUUCUACUAAUACUAUAACCAUACUCCUGCUACUAUUGUUUAGACUUCUGAUAUUAUUCUAUAAGAAUUCCAUCACUUAAUACCUCUCUAAAUCAAAUGAUACCAGUAUUUCUUCUUCUUCUUUGACUACUACUACUACCACUACUACUACUUCUACUACUAUUACUACCACCACUACUACUACUACUGCUGCUACUAUAUACUACCAGUUGCGGACCAAGGUUUGGAGAAAAGUCACACUACAGUAUGAAAGUAUGUAAAAAAAAAGGGGGGGCAAGUGGGACCCCCACAAAAAAGUCAAGAGGGAUGUGAUCAAAAUGGUAACUUUUUUUCUUUGGCUUGUCAUAUUCUGGUAGAAAGGAAAAUUGAGCCCAGCCCAUGUUUCUCCCUAGAUAUUACUACAAGUGCUUCUACUGCUGAUGCUACAAUUGUUAAUACUACUACAACUACUACUACUACGUCUACUACUACUACUACAACAAC